GAGAAGCAAACCUCGUCGUCAUCAUCUUUACUCUUUCAUUAUUUAAGCUGCGCUUUGCCGGCGCCCUCUUCUAAUCAAUCUUGUAGAUUUGAAAAUCAGUUACCGGUCAGGCCUGCUGAGGAGUACACGAAUCGAAAAUAGGUUCUUCCAAGUGUAAUCGUGCCCAUAAAGUCGAAUCGUGUUAUCAAUCAGUGCAAAGUGAGGAACUAUCGCCACCCGCAAACCAUGCUUCGAUUGUUGAAUCCGCGUUUCGGAGGACAGCUCCGAGUGAGAGUUACUUCCGCAAAGCUUUUCAAUGCCGCGCAUCAACGUGAGGCUUGCUGUCUCUACAGCACUCAGGCAGGAUACGAGCGUAACAUUGUGGAGCCCAAGUACGGACCGGUGGACAUCCCGAAGAUGUGCCUGACGGACUACAUUUUCAAAGGGCACGAACUAGUGGCCGAUAAGCCAGCUGUUACGUGUGGAUCUAGUAAGCGUGGCUACAACUACGGCAUGAUCUACGAGAUGACCAAGCGAAUGGCGCGCGCUUUGCUGUCGCAGAAAGGUUGCGCCAUGCGCGAAAAAGAGGUGGUGGGAAUACUACUUCCAAAUAUUCCCGAGUUCGUACCUGCAAUACACGGAAGUUUAUUGGCAGGAUUGACGACAACCUUUGCGAAUCCACUGUACACGCCAGAGGAAAUUUGCAGACAGUUCGAAAUCGCAGGAGUACGCUUAGUAAUCACACUUCCAGUACUGCUUCCGGUAGCACAAAUCUACAAAAGCAAAGCCAAGAAAUACCGCGGAACUAUCAGUAUCGGUGGCCGGCACAGUGUUGGCGAAAACAUAUUCGGCUUCGAAGAGCUGCUCCGCGAAGAUCAUAAAGAGGAACUGCCCAUGGUCGAUCCCGAAGACACUGCCAUUUUACCGUUCUCAUCUGGCACCACUGGCAUGCCCAAGGGAGUCGAACUGAGCCACAAUAAUCUAGUGGCAAACCUGGCCCAAGGGUCCCAUCCGGAAAUGAACAAGUACAACAGGCCGGAGUAUGCCGGUUACACUGAAACCAUUCUGACGAUUCCGCCGUUCUUCCACAUUUAUGGUUUCAACGGUAUUCUUAAUUCGUGCAUUAAAAGUAGAAAUCAUCUAGUAUCGAUUCCCAGGUUCAUUCCCGAAGACUACAUCCAAUGCCUGGUGGAGUUCCGGCCAAAGUUUCUGUUCGUGGUUCCGUCGCUGAUGCUAUUCCUGGCCACCCAUCCGAAGGUCACCCAGGACCAUCUGUCGAGUGUGGACGCCGUGCUAGUGGGUGCGGCUGCGGCACCCCUUCAACUGCAGGACAAAUUCAAGCAGAAGUGCGGCAAAGACGUGGACAUCACGCAGGGAUACGGAAUGACGGAAAGCUCCCCGGUGACCCUCUGCACUCCGUACAAGUACGACCUGGCCAAGGUGGGAACGUGUGGGCAGUUGUACCCGAACACCCAAGCCAAGAUAGUGUCGCUAACGGAUGGCAGCAACCUGGGCCCCCAUCAGCCGGGAGAACUGUACAUCCGAGGUCCGCAGGUGAUGAAGGGCUAUCUGAACAAUGAACAGGCCACGAGGGAGACUGUCGAUUCGGAUGGAUGGUUACACACUGGGGACGUGGCGUAUUACGACCAGGACGGAUACUUCUUCAUUGUAGAUCGCACAAAGGAACUGAUCAAGGUCAAAGGAAAUCAGGUUUCACCAACGGAGCUGGAAAAUCUAAUCCUGGAACUGGCGGAAGUGUCGGACGUAGCUGUGGCCGGCAUUGCGGAUGAAACGGCCGGCGAACUGCCCAGGGCGUACGUGGUUCUGAAGCAGGGGCAGUGCCUCAAGGAGCAAUCGAUUAUGGACCACGUGAAGGAACGUGUGGUCAAGUACAAACAGCUGGCCGGUGGGGUGAUGUUUGUUAAGGAAAUUCCCCGGAACGCCGGCGGGAAGGUGCUACGGCAUCAGCUGCAUUUGUUGGGCGCACAACUGGACGAUUGAGGACGUCGAAACGGUGAUAUGUAUCAAGUUUAGGUAUUUAAAAACGGGAUUUUUUUUAGAUUUACAACACAAAGUUUAACGCCGUAGUUUUAUAUUAUGAAAGUUUUCAUUUUAUUAUUUGUGAUCGUUAGCCAAAUAUAUGUUCAAUGAAUAGUUUAA